AUCUUCAGGUGAAUCACCAAUUUUCGUACUAGAUGGGAAAACUAGUGAAUGCUUUCAUUGUGAAACCGUGGAGCUCUAUCCGCAAAACGUCGCAUGGUUAUGGAUAUGGAAGUAUAUGGAAGUAUUCAAAAAGCAUGCCGAUGUUCAAAUACGUAAUGAUCUUACCGAUUGUCAGAUUCAGUAG